UUUCCAGCUUCGUCAGGGAGGGCAACUAAGAAAGAACACGUGUAACUAUGGAAACCCCCACCAAUUGACUAGUACGCGUGUCGAGCAACAAGGCUGCCACCUUGCUCUCCCCACCUACAGCAGACAACCCAAGAAAGCGGUGAUAUAAUCAGAAACCAAAGUAGCAGAGCAAACAGAGCAAUCAACAACAACAUGGCAGUCAACUCCAUGGCUAAGAAUCUCAUCUUCAACCCUUCAAAAUCUUUUCCUCAAAGCCCUUCAGCACUGUCUCCCAGAUAUUCCUCUCGCAAAGUCUCAAGGGUCUGCUUCAAUACCUCUGCCACCAAAUACUCGGAGGGUCAAAAUGCUGCGGAAGAUCAUAGGGAUUCAAGGGCAGACUGGGCCUACGAUGACAAGAAGUGGAGGAACGAGGGGUCCGUUGACGCAAAUAACAGAGGAAAAAAUCCAGCAGAGGAAAUGAUAGACAGGACCAAGGACUUUACCCAUGAAACGAAGGAGAGGACAAAGAGCGCAGCGGAGAAGGCGAAAGAGGGAACAAACAGAGCAGCCAAGACAGCAGUGAGCGCCAAGGAGAAAGCAAAACAAUACGCCUACGAGACAAAGGAGAAGACGAAAGAGGUGGCGGGAUCUGUAGCUGAGAAGGCCAAAGAGGGGACGUAUAAGGUGGCGGAGAUGGCGGCGAGCGCGAAGGAGAAGGCAAAAGAGAAGGCGAAGGAGAUGAAGGAGAAAACAGAGGAUGUGGCCGAAACGGUGGCGGAUAAGGUGAAGGAGGGGACGAGCAAGGUGGCAGAGACGGCGAAGGACAAGGUGAAGGGGGAGUGGGGGGCGGCGAAGGAGACGGGGAAGAAGAUUAAGGAGACUCUGGUGGGGAGUACUUCAUCUGAUUCUGAUGAUGAGGUGGAGGUGGUGCAUGAGAAGGUUGUGGAAGUUUUGGAUGAGAAGGGGAAUGUUGUGGAUGUUAGGAGGCGGAUUCGCAAGCCUGAAGAUGAUGAUGUGAAGAAAUGUUGAUGUGUUUGUGAGUCUGCUCAAACAUGAUAGAAGAAGUUCAUGUGUUUGAUAGUUUCAUUUUGAAGUGGUAAUGGGGAUGUUUAGGCAGCUUGCUGCUACCUGUUUGUAGUCUUUAUUGGGGUCUCCUCGCCAUUUCAAUGAAGGCAACCUUUCGAUAAAAUAAAAAUAUAGUAAGGCUUACAUCCUUCA